AUGGCUAGCCCGCAGCAGCAGCCCCCUUACCUGCACCUGGCCGAGCUGACGGCGUCCCAGUUCCUGGAAAUCUGGAAGCACUUUGACGCAGACGGAAAUGGGUACAUUGAAGGUAAAGAGCUAGAAAACUUUUUCCAAGAGCUGGAGAAGGCAAGAAAAGGAUCUGGCAUGAUGUCAAAGAGUGACAACUUUGGGGAGAAGAUGAAGGAGUUCAUGCAGAAGUAUGACAAGAACUCGGACGGCAAAAUCGAAAUGGCUGAGCUGGCGCAGAUCCUGCCAACGGAGGAGAACUUCCUUCUGUGCUUUAGGCAGCACGUGGGCUCCAGCACCGAGUUUAUGGAGGCUUGGCGGAAGUAUGACACAGACAGAAGUGGCUACAUUGAAGCCAACGAGCUCAAGGGAUUUCUGUCUGACCUGCUGAAGAAGGCGAACCGGCCAUAUGAUGAACCCAAGCUGCAAGAAUACACCCAAACCAUACUUCGGAUGUUCGACUUGAACGGGGAUGGCAAGCUGGGACUCUCAGAGAUGUCCCGACUCUUGCCUGUACAGGAAAACUUCCUGCUUAAAUUUCAGGGCAUGAAGCUGACCUCAGAGGAGUUCAACGCGAUCUUCACAUUUUAUGACAAGGACGGCAGCGGCUACAUCGAUGAGAAUGAGCUGGAUGCCCUUCUGAAGGACCUGUAUGAGAAAAACAAGAAGGAAAUGAAUAUUCAACAGCUCACCACCUACAAAAAGAGCGUCAUGUCCUUGGCUGAAGCGGGGAAGCUCUACCGCAAGGACCUGGAGAUUGUCCUCUGCAGCGAGCCCCCCAUGUAA